GGAGAGGACGGGACAAGAGGCGCUCACACGACCUUUAACCUCAUAUUCAUCACCUGUCUGUACAAAGAUCAGCAGUGGAAACAUGAUCAAAAGUGUGUUUGUGGCCGUUGUGCUGGUGACUCUGGCUGAGUCUGGAUUAGCAGCUGAGAAGCUGGCAACCUGCUGUGAGAAAGUGACCAGAGACAAGAUAACAGAUCCGAUCUUAGGAUACUUGUUCCAGAGAGAACCUGUUCUGCCUUGUAUCAAUGCUGUCAUCUUUCAGACAGAGAAAGGUCUGUUCUGUGUUGACCCCCGCGCUCCCUGGGUCCUCCCCAAGAUUCAGGCCUUCAGGAAAACCAAGGGUCAGAGCACUGCCUCACCAUCGGUCUCUCCGUCCCACGUCUCCCUCCUCUCCCUGAUCACGUCCUCUGCUCCUGGCCCCUCACCCUCCGCUCCCGGCUCCUCCUCCUCUGCUCCUGGCUCCUCCCCAUUUACACCUGAGAUGCCUGUUGAUGGAAAUGUGUCAGGUCAAAUGGAGUCAUCCUUUUUAAACAUGGUCAGCUGGGGAAUCACAAUGAAAAGUGUGUUGGUGGCUGUUGUCCUGAUGACUCUGACAGAGCAUGGAUUAGCAGCUGAGAAGCUGGCAACGUGCUGCGAGACAGCGUCAAAAGAUGAGAUAACAGAUCCUAUUAUAGAUUACUUGUUCCAGAGGAAUUCUUCGCAUCCAUGUGUGAUAGCUGUGAUCUUUCAGACAGAGAAAGGUCUGUUCUGUGCCCAUCCCAGAGCUCCUUGGGUUAUCGCCAAGAUUCAGGCCUUCAGGAAAGCCAAAAGUCAGACCAUUGCUUCACCUACAGUCUCUCCGUCCCACGUCUCCCUCCUCUCCAUGAUCACAUCCUCUGCUUCUGGCUCCUCCUCCUCUGCUCCUGGCUCCUCCUUCUCUGCUCCUGGCCCCUCCUCCUCCAGUGCUGGCUCCUCCUCCUCUGCUUCCAGCUCGUCCUCAUCUACUGCUGAAAUGCCUGUUGGUGGUCAAAUGGAGUAGGACUGUGUCACCUCUGCCUCCAGCUGAUAUCACAGGACCAAAUCUUCUCAGAACCUAAACACUUAGACUAUGUUUGACGAAGCACUUAUACAACAUAACUUUGUGAAAAUAGUAAGUUAUAAAUUUUUAGGUUUUAAAUGUAUUUAAACUAAGUUAUUGGUUUAAUUUAAUUGAUAAGUUAUGAUAGAAAUAUAACGUUUAUUUGCCCUGUCGUAUGUUUACAUAUAACUGGUGUCAUGUUUUAAUUAUUACAAUAGGUUAGUAAGAUAUUUGUAUAUGAAACUUCAUCUGAAGGUAAUGCUGUGUGGGAAAAUAAAAAAAGAUUGA